AUGGAAGUGGCCCCGGAAGAGGAGGAGGAGGAGGAUUCGUCCCCCAUCACGCCUCAGAAGCCUCCCGCCAGCCCCAGCCUGGCGACCCAGAAGCCUCCCGCCAGCCCCAGCCUGGCACUUGUGGCGCCUCCUCCCAGCCCAGAGCAGGAGUUCAGUGACACCACCAGCUCCGUAUUCUCCUGCAGGGCCAGCAGCUCCUCCGUGGGGUCUGGGAGCCCUGUGUUUCAAGGCUCCGUCUUUGGAGCCUCGCUCCAGGUCCUCCAGCCACCUGCUCCAGCCCUGCCUCCUCCUCCUCGUGCUCUUCCCCGACACCGGCAAUUUCGACCACCCGGCUUCGACCUCCGGCGCAGAUAUGGACUCUGGCUCCGGAUGUGCCUGCACAUAGUCAACACCUGGCUGCAGUAGACAGGCCCCACCAUAAAUCAAAGCCUAGCCCUGCCCCAUGACCCCUUAGUCCCUCCCACCUGUCACCGGAAGUUCUGCCCCAUGGGGGUAUUACUUCGUGGUCAAGGCGGCCACAUGACUGGAAGCCAGGUGUGUCAUGUGACCCCUCUAAGAACUCCUCCCACCACCCUCUACCAAUCAAGAUGGGUUUCCUCCUGGAAGGACCACCCCAAGAGGAGAUUUGACCAAUCAGGGUGAGACCUGGGGUGAGAGGGUGACCUAUCCCGACGUGUGUCUUGUGACCCCUCUAAGAACUCCUCUCACUGCCCUCGACCAAUUAGGAUCGGUUUUGUCCUGACAGGACCACCCCCAGAGGGGAU